CCCCGACCCCGCCGGAUGCUGAUCCCGGGGCUGGGGCUGGGGCCGGUUCUGGGGGUCCGGCAGCGCCUGGAGGAAGUUCCCUUUCCCUUUAAAUGCAAAUCCCGGGCUGUGCGGACGGUGUCCGGCGGGCUCGGGGUGUCCGGCAGGUUUGGGGUGUCCGGCAGGCUCGGGGACACGUGUCCGGCAGGGUCCCCGCAGCCCCCGGGAUGGAGGAGCGGAGGAGGAAGCGCAGCCCCAGGACCUGCCUGGCCCAGCCGGCGCCCCCCGGGGCCCCGCGCCCGCUGCCCCCCAGCAAGAGCACGACCUUCGCGCUGCCGCUGCCCACCUUGCCCUCGCCCCGGCAGCGCGCCCGGCUCCGCAGGACCAGCAAGGAGCGGGCGCGGGCGGGCGCGGGGGGGUCCCGGGGGGCCCCGCUCCAGCACAGCUUCCUCACGGACGUGUCCGACGUGUGCGAGAUGGAGGGGGGGCUGCUCAACCUCCUCAGCGACUUCCACUCGGGAAAACUGCAGGCGUUCGGGAAGGAGUGCUCCUUCGAGCAGCUGGAGCACGUGCGGGAGAUGCAGGAGAAGCUGGCCCGGCUCCACUUCGGGCUGGACGUGUGUGUGGAGGAGCUCCCCGAGGAGCAGAAGAAGGCGGCGGCCGACAGGAACCUGGACCAGCUGCUGGCACAUCUGGAAGAGCUCAGCAGCUCCAUACAGAAGCUGCACCUGGCGGAGACCUCGGACCCCGAGGACGCGGCCGCCUGACCCCGGCCCUGCCCUCUGCCCGCUCCCGGCCCCGUGCCCGGCCCGGCCCCCAAACCGGGCCCCCAGACCGGGACCCCCCAACCUGCCCCGGGGGGACCCGCGGGGGCGGGGCCUGGCGGGGCGGGGCCCGUCGCGGCCCGAUGACGCCAUCGCCCCGCGCCGGGGCGGCGCAGCCAUGGCGGCGCUGGGCCCGCGGGCCGAGGCAGAGGGGCGGCGGCGGCUCCUCCGCGCCCUGACCCGCCUGCAGGCCUGUGCCAGGGGGUUCCUGCUGCGGCGGCGGCUCCGGCGGGCACGGGAGGAUUUCGAGGCGGCCGUGCUGGAGAUCGACGGGGACCUGCGGGAGCUGCGCUGGACGGGGCGGUUCCUGCUGCGGCCCAGCUUCGGCCCCGGCCCCCGUGGGCCCGCCCAGCCCUUGGAGCCCCAGGAGACCAGCACCAAAAACCCUCUGGAGGAGCCUGAACCCCCUGAACCAGAUGGGACCCCCCCAGCCCCCCUGCAGGGCAGGACAGCCCCGACCCCCACGGGCCCAGAGGACACCCUGAGCCCCCCAAAUGUGGGGGUUGAGGGUGACAAAGGCACGGAAAAGGAGAGCGAGGAGUGGGACAACGACAGCGGCGAGACCUCGGUGUGGGACAGCUCUGACCUGGGCACAGAGACCCUCGGAGCCCACCCGGAAAUCCCUCUGGGGGACCUUCCCCAGACCCGCUCCGGGCUCCAGGCCUACAGGACCCACCUGCUCAUGGAGCUCAUGUGGCUGCAACAGGCCAUUGCCAGCAGGAAAAACUUCUUGAUGCUGAAGCAGAAGCUGGGGAUUCCUGACUCCUUGGGAGGCAUUCCCAACCCCCUGGAUGGGUGUGGGGAAGCCGUGGAGCUGCAGCACCACGGGUGACCUCAGGGGAGCUCCAGCUCCAUGGGUUGAUGGUUUUAACUUCAGCAGAAUGUGGCAAGAAAGCCUCUUAGUUCUUGUAGAUGUGGAUGUUUGGUCAGAGCAGGAUUAAACACUGUGGAGCCAGGGAGGUUGUGGUGUGUGCUGGAGGAAUUCCCAGUGAGGAUCCUUCCACAAGGACCCCAUUCCUGUUGGCUGAGCUGGGUGAUCCAGGGGGGGAAAAUGGAGGAUGGGAAGAUUUUUCACUUACAGAAGGUGCUUUUGGACUGAAAUGCCUGAAGGCAGCAGGUGCUGGGACCUGCAGGAACAGCCUGUUCCUCUCUGAACUGUGGGGGAAUCUGAGCUGUGUGUUUGGGAGGGCUCUGCACUUCACACCUCUGCAAUAUCCAGGAUCUCCAAGUGCCCGCGGUGGAUUUUGGGAACACUGGACCAGUGCCUCAGGGAGGUUGGGAAGUGCUCUAUCUGUUCCUGUAGCUCAGGAACAUUCCAGGUCCCUGGAAAAGGGACUUUCCACGUGGUGCUGUGGUUCCCCCCCGUGAUUCCCCCUCUGCAUUCCUGCUGCCUGAACAACCUCUGUUGCCAGGUGGCAGAUGGAUCCCUCUGUUCCAGAAUAGAUCCCCACUUGUUUGUGAAUAAAAAGCUUUCCUAAUGCUC